UGAUGCUCAUGGGAUUUUACCCUGGACACAGCAGCUGUGAAAAUCUCCCUCAACCACACACAUUAUUUAGACAGUCUGGAUACUGUCAGGGAAAUCCAUAUGCACUUCCACUGUAUGAUGAGAGCCGAAUAAAUGCCUCUCGUGACAUGACACUUUUAGGACAUCCUAUCUCUGCUAUUGAGCUGUGAGUGAGUGGGCAGAAGCACAGACAUUAUGUAACUGAAAUGUUCCUGCCUCAGAGACAGUAAGAGAGCAUCCACACACACACACACAUGAGAGAGAGAGCCAGUGAGAAAUAAAUAAAUUAAAAUCUCACCUGACCUGGUUAGGGUGAGUGAAUAAAGAGAUGAAGCUGAAAGGGGAGACAGUGAUUGUUUGUAACAGUGAUGAGACAGUCAGUGCUUUUCUCUCAUUCUGUGUGUGAGUCAUUGUUUGACUGAGCAGCAGCAGCGUACUGGAAACCACAGAGAAGGACAAGAAAACGUGAGUGCAUGCAUAGGAGAUGAUGGGGGUUGAAAGGCAGUGUGAGGUGGAGGUACUGACACAGUCCAAAAGAGAUUUACAGUGGGUCCAAAAACAGCUGUCGAUCAUCUCUAACAGAACCAAUGGACCAGGCAGGACCAAGGAUAAGAAACUGAGGAAUGAGGUGUUUCCAUUGCGUUUAUCUGAGUUAUCGCCUCAACAUGUGGAAGCAUACCGACUGCUAGAGGACCGGAAACACAAACUCUCACACGAGACUGCCGCCCUCUACCUGCUUCGACAACAGCACAAACUAUUGGAGACUGAGAUCAGCAGGAAGAGAAAGGAGUGUGAAGUCCUUGAGGAGGAGGUGAAGAAAAAGAGCCAGUCAUGUCAAACUCUGGAGAGUGAGCUUCAGCAUGUUCUGCAGGAGAAAGCACGUUUGAAUCUCCGCUUGUUCAACGAUACCCAGAAGGCAGCAAAGUAUGAGCAGGUGAAAAGUGAGUAUGAACAGCUGCAGGAGGCUCUGUACACUGUGACAGUAGAGAGAGAUUGCGCUCUGUUGGAGAGGACUGAGCUCCAAGGCAAACUGGAGAACCUAGAGCAGGUGCUGAAGCAUAUGCGAGAGGCUGCAGAGAGGAGGCAGCAGCUAGAAUUAGAGCAUGAACAAGCCUUGGCCGUCCUCAGUGCCAAGCAGCAGGAGAUUGACCUUCUGCAGAAGGCUCAGGUUGAGGCUAAGAAGGAACAUGAAGGUGCCGUCCAUCUGUUAGAGAAUCACUUGGACAGCAUGCAGCUGAGAAGUUUCCUUCGCACUAAGAACACAAUGCGAUUUUUGGCUAAAGUGAGAGAACUGGAGGAAAAAUGCCGGACGCAGAGUGAGCAGUUUAACCUGCUGUCAAAAGAGUUGGAGAAGUUCAGGUUGCAGGCUGGGAAGUUAGACAUACUGAGCAGCAGUCAGCUGACAGGGGGCGACUCGCCCGGCUCACCCACCAAACCCCUCACCCUCUCCCAGCUCCUCAACGGCCUCACUGCCCCCUCCGGGAAAGGUAAUGAGGAUUCCAUGAGUAAGAUCUCAGAGCUCAUUCGGCCUCUGCAGAUGACUGAGGGGGAGAAGGUAGAGCUCCUGUCUGUCAAACCCACCUUCCUGUCACGCAGCACACCUUCCAGCCCACGGCGGGCCUUCCUCUCAGAGGUGCGGCCCGUCAUCGCCACUGCUAUGGACAAAGAGCUCGGCUCGUCCCCCAGGUCUAAGUCCAGAUACACAGGCAAAGUGCGACUGUGUGUUGCCCGCUACAAUUAUAACCCUUAUGAUGGCCCCAAUGAGCAUCCUGAAGCAGAGCUCCCCCUGGUGGCUGGGAAGUACCUAUAUGUUUAUGGGACUAUGGAUGAGGACGGCUUCUAUGAGGGUGAGAUGUUGGACGGACAGCAGGGUCUCGUUCCCUCCAACUUCGUGGACUUUGUCCAGGAUGAGGAGCUCCCAUCAGUUCCUCUCUUGGACCGCAUCAAGGAACCGUCCUACCUCAACCACAGCCCCGCCUCCAUGCCCAGCAGUGCCGUGAGUACACUCAGUACGCUGCUCUCAGAGAAGCUGGACGCCCUGGGCUCGGGCACCGGGACAGGCACCAGCAGCAGCAGUGGGGUGAGCAGCUUGGGCAUGAGCAUGGGGCUGGGCAUGGACUUUCUGGGACCCUGCAGCAAUGGCACAGGCACGCUGGACGUGAACAUCGACGAGAUCGGAGAAGACAUCGUGCCUUACCCCCGCCGCAUUACCUUGAUCAAGCAGCUGGCCAAGAGCGUGAUCAUAAGCUGGGACCCUCCGGUGGUGCUGCCCGGGUGGACGCCCAUCAGCGGCUACAACGUGCUGGUGGAUCAGGAGGUACGUAUGAGUGUGCCCUUCGGCGGCCGCACCAAGUCUUUGAUCGAGAAGCUGAAUCUGGCCUCCUGUACGCACCGCAUCUCCAUCCAGAGCGUGACGGAGCGGGGGCUCUCUGAUCCGCUCCGCUGCACACUGCUGGUGGGGAAAGAUGUGGUGGUGGCACCCUAUUACCUUCGUGUGGAGAACAUCACGCAAGUAUCGGCUGAGCUCACCUGGAUGCCGAGCAACAGUAAUUACAGCCACAUGAUCUUCCUGAAUGACGUGGAGUAUGAUAUUGUAAAGCCUGGAGGGUACAAAUACCACUUCUACAACCUGAAGCCCAUGACAGUGUAUAAGAUACGGGUGGUGGCCCGGCCCCAUCAGAUGCCCUGGCAGCUUCCCCUUGAGCAGAGGGAGAAGAAGGAGGUCUCAGUGGAGUUCUGCACACAGCCAGCUGCUCAUCAUGCGUUCUUGCAAAAACAAGAUGGUACUUCAAGACUGAAUUGCUCCAGUGGUCCUCCUUUACCACCUCAGGAUGUGCAGGUUCAGAUGGGACAGACACCCGGGGUCUUGCAGAUCCGUUGGAAGCCUCCUCCCCUCACUUCUACUGGCACUUCCAAUGGAGCCAAUGUAAUUGGAUACAUAGUCUGCACUAAAGGUCAAAAGAUAGCAGAGAUAAUGUACCCCACAGCAGAUUUCGUUACGGUGGAACUGAACCGUAUCCAGUGUCUGGAAGCGCGGGAGGUCGUCGUGAGGACAAUAUCAGCACAAGGAGAGUCGCAGGACUCUCCCGUGGCCGCCAUUCCGCACAACCUCCUGGUGCCUCACCCCCACGGACACCUCCAGUCUCACCCUCAGACUCAACCGCCUCCCUACCCACAAGCCUACCCCCCAACCCAUCCACAACCGCACGUCCAGCCCCACUCCGUCCCACCAUCCCACUCUCAUCCACCACCCUCACACCCCCACGUCCACCCCUCGCCCUCCCCAUACCCCAUGUCUAAACCCAAACUCCUACCAAGUGCCAGAGACCCCCAUGCCAAAGAGCCAGAGAUGGGCAGGCGAAUGGGGCAGCCCUGGGAGCCGCAUCCCCGGGCUCCGUCACCCCUACCGCCCCCUUCGCACCCGGGACACACACUGGAGCCCCCUCACGUAGAGGGCCGGCGCUCACCCUCCCCUCAGAGGAUCUUGCCUCAACCUCAGGGAGUGCCCAUUCCCAACACAGUGGCUCGUGCUAUGGCCCGCCAGGCAGCGCAGAGGACCGCCCCGAACAGCAGGGUGGAAAGGAGGAACAUCUUUAGUGAGAGAGGUAACGCUCUGCAUUCAUUAAACUCAGACGAGGAAGAGGAUGGGUACGAUUCCCCUCACACCAGGCGAAGAGGAGCUUCUGUGGACGAGUUUCUCAGAGGUUCUGAGUUGGGCAGACACCAUCAUCACUAUAGCCACAGUGAGGACUACUACACCGAGAGCAGUCGGGGCUCCGAUCUGUCUGACAUCAUGGAGGAGGAUGAGGAGGAGCUGUACUCGGAGAUGCAGCUGGAAGAAGGGCGCCGCCGCAGCAUCAACUCACACAACACAUUAAAGAUUUUAGGGAGCUCUCCCUCAACGGGACGCUCGGAUCGACUGGACCAUUCCGGCCGUAGGACGAGUCACGGCUGUCCACCCGCUCAGAGAAGGCCAAUGACAGUCCCUUCCAUUGAGAUCACCGUGGAGAAUAACAGUGAGGGGAGUGAGGGGAACCUCUCACCUAUCAAGGAUGAUGUUUACUAUACCAAUGUAGCCCACCACAGGAAAUGGCCCCCACAGCGAACAGAGCACCGAUAUGAUGGUUAUGGAGGACGGGACCGGCGGUCUCCAGACUACUAUGAGUCAGAGCCAGAGGACUUGUCCCGAAUCUUUGUGGCCAUGUUUGACUACGACCCCCUGUCAAUGUCUCCUAACCCCGAUGCUGCUGUAGAGGAGCUUCCCUUCAAGGAGGGCCAGAUCAUAAAGGUGUUUGGAGAGAAGGACACAGAUGGAUUCUAUAGGGCAGAGAUCUGUGGCCGCAGGGGGCUCAUCCCCUGUAACAUGGUCUCAGAGAUCCAGACAGAUGAUGAUGAAAUGAUGGACCAGCUGCUCAAACAGGGGUUCCUUCCUCUCAAUACGCCCAUUGAGAAAAUAGUAAACUGUAAUAGGUUCAAAGAUGGCCGUUCAGUUAAUCGCAGGUCCAGGAAAUCCAAGAGAGAGAGGAACAAAAGGAGUGGAAGGCAGCACCCAGUGUCGACGCGGAGGAUGGUGGCCCUGUAUGACUAUGACCCCAGAGAGAGCUCUCCUAACGUGGAUGUGGAGGCCCGCUAUGGGGGCAGCUUGCAGAGUGAGGAGGCUGAGCUGACGUUUUGUGCCGGCGACGUGAUCACAGUGUUUGGAGAGAUUGAUGAGGAUGGCUUUUAUUACGGGGAGCUCAAUGGACACAAGGGUCUGGUCCCCUCCAACUUUCUUGAAGAAGUGCCUGAUGACGUGGAGGUUUACCUCACUAACACCCCGAGCCGUCACCCCCAGGACCACCCGUCCCGGACAAAGAACAAAAGGGUUCGUAGUGACGUUGUAUCACCGUCAAAACAUCCAGGCCUGCAGGUGUUGGCCACAGCUUCACACUACUGGCCUCUGGAUUCAGUGGAAGGGAUCCACGGCCUCUCAGACCAGAUUGGGAACAGAACAGGUCAUGUUAAUGGGACUAAUAUAACUGUCAGAAUCCACAACCACACUGUCCUGACUACCCAUAAUUCUUCCUCUGUGUAUACCAAUGACUCUGCCUACACUAACAUUUCCGCCACUGUAGACAUUGUAGAAGGAAUGGUGAAUAAGGGCAUCUAUCUGAACGGUGAUAAUGGGGCCACUUUCCUUCACUUUGGCAACUAUAAAGACUCCUGCAUAAGUGAUCCUGCUCUGUGUGGACCUGCCGGGAUAACUUUCUCCUUCUUCUGGAAAAAUAAUGAUGUAGAUUCUCGUUUUGCGAUUGCAUCCGGAGGUAAAAUCAUCUCAAGCGGUUUCUCUGUCUACUCCAACCCUUAUGGCGGAUACGUGGAGUUCUACACGAGAGGAGAUUCCAAGACAUGGAAGGCACAUAUUAAACUUCCAGGGCCCUACUGGACACACGUGCUCUUCACAUGGACCCAAAAGGAGGGGUUAAAGGUCUACAUUAAUGGGACAUUCAGUGUCGGAGACCCCACAGGAAAUGUUUCUCUUAACUAUGGCGAUCCCUAUGCUGACUUGGUCAUUGGCACAGGAAACACUGGGAAUUACAACCACUACGCCACAGGGGCCUUCGAUGAGUUUGUGAUUUGGGAGAGGGCCUUGUCCCCUCAGGAUAUCUGGAUGUACUACAAAGCAGCCGUUGGUGAAAAUGUGAUGUCCACCUUCCCAACCGAAGCAUCCAUCAACGUCACUUCUGCAACAGAUACUCAGUUAAAGAGAACCACAGAGAUGCCCCGACCUGCCUCCACAAACCUGACAGAGGAAGUUCAGAGAUUUCAGGACCCCAUGCGGUUACAAACGCUAGACCUCCUUCAGUCUCUAUCAUUUAACCUUCCAAACAAGAGUAUACCUCAGGAAACAGCCAACAAUCUUACACAGUCUCUACUGAAGAGUGUGGAUGAGGUCAUAACUGCCAGCGACUGGAGAGAAAAUGAUGAGUGGAGUCCAGUGGUCAAUGGGCUGGUGGAAACGGUGGAUAAAGUGAUGGUGCAUAUGGCAUCCAAGCUUCGGUCCAGCCCAGACGCAGAGGCUCCUCUGGCUAUAGGGGGCAAGAGCUCUGUAGCAGAUUACUCUCUAAUGAAGAUCCCUCAGAACUACAAUUUGCAAAGCUACCGGUUCCCCACACAAGGGAAGAGUUACAUCUCAGUACCAGGAGAGGCCCUCACAAUGCAGUCUCAGACCACGAUCGUGGGACUUUUCUACCACAAAAUGCACAACUACUACAAAAAAAUCAGCCCUCUACAAACAAGGAUAAAUGAGGCAGUGGAUUUUAAAGAUCAUAAGAUCCAGAUGGCCAGUCAUCUUAUUUCUCUGAAGGUGGAACCGUCUCCUGCCCUGUCACUCAACCUGUCCACUGAGCCGCUGAUCCGCAUCGUCCUCACGCAUCAGCUGAGUAAAGAACAGCAACUCCAGGCCUCAAACCAAAGUAAUAAAGUGUUCCUGUACUGCGCCUUCCUGGACUACAGCUCCAAGGAGGCUGUGUGGUCCAAUGAGGGGUGUGUGAGAGCUGAUGGAAACCUGUCCUUCUCUAUUUGCUUGUGUAACCAUCUGACAAACUUUGCCAUCCUUAUGCAAGUGGUUCCCAUGGAGCUCUCAAAGGCCCACAAGGUGGCGCUGUCCACCAUUAGCUACAUCGGCUGCUCUAUCUCUAUUUUCUGCCUGGCAAUUACACUGGUCACCUUUGCCGUCCUGUCGUCCGUUAGCACCAUUCGUAAUCAGCGUUACCAUAUUCAUGCAAACUUGGCAUUUGCAAUCUUAGUCGCUCAGAUCCUUCUGCUCAUCAGUUUCCGCUUCAAUCCCAGCACGCUCCCGUGUAAGAUCAUGGCCGUAUUGCUGCAUUUCUUCUUCCUGUGUGCGUUCGCCUGGAUGCUGGUGGAAGGGCUGCAUCUAUACAGCAUGGUGAUCAAGGUGUUCGGCUCAGAGGGCAGCAAGCACUUUUAUUACUAUGCCAUCGGAUGGGGAUGUCCUUUGGUCAUAUGUGUGGUGUCUAUGACCUCUUCACUAAACAGCUAUGGAGAGUCCGGCAAUUGCUGGCUGUCUCUGAAGAAUGGGGCGAUUUGGGCUUUUGUAGCCCCUGCUCUGUUUGUUAUUAUGGUGAACAUUGGCAUUUUGAUAGCUGUGACACGGAUCAUAUCCAGGAUCAGUGCUGAAAACUACAAGGUUCACGGAGACGCCAACUCUGUGAAGCUUACGACUAAAGCGGUGGCGGUACUCUUGCCCAUCCUGGGCAUAUCGUGGAUCUUUGGGGUCCUGGCGGUGAAUGACCACUCCCUGCUUUUCCAGUACAUGUUUGCAGUGUUUAACUCACUACAGGGGUUCUUCAUAUUCCUGUUUCACUGUCUGUUAAACUCUGAGGUGAGGGCUGCUUUCAAACACAAAACCAAAGUGUGGACUUUAACCAGCAGCUCAAUCCGCAACAUCAACGUCAAACCUUUCAACUCAGACAUAAUGAACGGCAACAAGGGCGGUGUGACUCCCACAAAGAUGAACACAUGGGACAAAAGCACCAACUCCGCCAACCGCAUAGAUUUGUCAGCAGUAUAAUGGCUUCUGGUCCAAACAGAGCAAGAGGACAACAGCAUAGUAUUUCUUAUAGAACAUGUGCCUUUCUAUAUCACACUUCAAAUGGACUUCAAAUGAUGAAAUAGCUACAAACACUUGCAGCUAAAUGUAGGAUAGUUAACUCACAACACAAAGUUCUCUGAUGUCAUUUCCUCCUGCUGAUGAGCUCUCUAACACAAACGUAGGAUGAAGACACACGGCCCAUUGUUGGGAUGAAGGAGUACAUGGUUUGCUAAAAAUGUGGUGUGCUGAGGAAAACACUAACUCUCACAGACAGGAGACUCUCCUGAGAUACAGUACCUGUACUGUAACAGUGUUUCCUUGCUUUGAUUUUUUUGGACCACACACUAGACCCGUGCUACAUUUGGACCACUGUUUGGCCAUCCUUUAAACAGAAGAAUCAUCGAGUACAAAGUCUGGAGAGUCUCAACUUUAAUGAGAACACUUUUGCAACCGGCCUGAGUGAAGUAGCGGCUUCUAUUAAUCCAUGUCCACCUGUCUAUCGGCUAUGGCUUAAAAUUAGACCUGGACGAGAAGUACAAUACUGGUGAAAAUCUCUGGAGAUCUUCCCCAUUAUUGUGAUGGUUUUCUCUCUUUUUAAAAAAAAAUAAAAAAAUAAAAAAUCUAGUAAUGUAAAUGGCACUUGUGUUAAACCAAAUAGGCUUUUUUCAAAAAGAGGUCAGUGAAAAUAAGUGAUGAACCUCCACAGUAUGUUGAUGGUCAACCUCAGAAGGUCAUUUAUAAUAUUGCACAACUUUAUUAUAUACGUGUGUGUGUGAGUGAAUGUGACUUUUUUUAAAAGUAAAAAAAAUCGUAUAAUAACAGGGUUGCAUGAGAACUAUGAGAUGCAGAUAAAUAAUACUGUUUUUGGUGAUUAGCAUAAAUGAAUUAAUAAAUUGUGUUAAUGUGUAAAUACUAAUAUUAAUUAUUAAAAUAAUAUGAUAUUAAAAAAUACAUUCAGUUUUAUACUACAAUGGAUAUGGCAUUGUUGUAUCGUUUAAAUAAUUUGAUGCUGUUGAGAAGGUCAAGACCUCUAAAGUUGGACAAGCCUUACAGACAUUUGGUGUGUUUCAUGCUAUAUUUCAUGUUAGAUAAUACUUUAUUGAAUAAUUCCUUAGAACAAUAAACAUGGGACUUGUGUCUCAGUAACUAAACACCUAAUUGUACCGUAUUCAUGCACAGUGCCAAAUAGUUUUCUCAUGUCAUGAUAUAUAUCAGUUUGCGUCAUUUCAUAAAGGUGGACACUUUUGUUAUGUAUAUAGCACAGACACACACAGCCAUGCGUAAUUGUGUAAUUGCGUAAUUGUCUGUAAUUGUGCCAUCGUAGACGUAUUUAUUGGUACCAAAACAGGUCAGUGUAUUAUUAAUGUGUCACCAUAAUACAGUAUAUCUUUAAAUUAUUGUUGUCAUGUUCCAACAAGACUUUGAUACUGCUUAAAAGAUCUUCUUAUUCAGUUUCAUAAUACUUAUUUUCUCAACAUUAUAGCUUAAUCAGCUAUUAUUUGUAGUUUGUGAGUGAAUGCCUUAGUGUUCAUGCUCUCCGCCAAGAACAAAUCGCAAAAGGUACUUUGUUUUAGUACCGAAAUUUCUCCCAAAUGAACAUUUAAAGGCCAAGUGCACUUCUUGUCUGAUUGUUAUUUAAUAUUUGAAAAUAACUGUUUAUGCAGUGUCUCUCAAUCAAGGGACAUUCACUAUAUCUGUGUGUCUUUAACCCAUUCAUGUGAUGUUUUGCUUUUGAAAAUGUUGACAUUAUUAUCAGCAGGAACAUAGAGUGAUAAUACACCAUAUAAGAUUGGAUUUACACAUGCUUCAGAGGUAUUAAAUAGUGCAGUAUGAUCUCAGAACUCACACACAAAUGGCCAUAGCAGAGUUUUGAGAUGAUGCUGUAAAAUAUAAAGUGACUUUAACAGAGAAAGUGACUUAGCCCUCCAAAUUCCAGCAAAGAGUGUUGUUCUUAAGUUUAUAAUGUGAGAAAUCUUUCUGUGAAUUUUUUUCUUUUUAUUGUUUUCUUGAUUUAUUCUGUUCUAAUGCAAAUGAAUUUUCACAGUUCUCUUUUAUGCAAAAUAAAAGUUUUAUUUAAGUCUGAAAACUGUACUGUGAUAUGACAUACAUGCGUUGUACAUAUUUGUAAGUCCUAUAUUCCUACAUAUCUCUUUUAUAAGAGUGUCAUUUAUAAGAGAUCUGAUUAUUCAUUUUGAGGGUAAAUCUGCAGAAUUUAUUUAAUAUAACCAAAAAAAAAAAAUAAAUACAAACUGCAGAAAUCUGUUACUGUUCAUUUCAAAUAUCAGUUUCCUGAUGUGAAUUCCUAAAAAACUCUCCCCAUAAUGCUGACUGUUUAUUUACCAAGAGGAUGAGGAUAUGUGAUGGAUAUUGAUGAGCUUAUUAAAUGUAUUUUCUGUGUUUAUGUUGGACAGGGACCCCCUCUGUGAGUCCUUCAUUAGGGUUUACCGUGAAGAAUGAUUUCAUAUGGAGAGUGAGGCAUUGAAGCCAUUCCCAUGCUGAUCGACUUCACAUGUAAAAUAAAAACCGAUAACAUUUUCAUUGUAUUUGCCACAUUAUAUUUUAAUGAAAGUCAUUAUGUAAUAUGCCCUGUACAGCUAAUUUGAA